GCGGCGGUGGCGGUGGCGGCGGCGGGUGCUGGGGGAGGCAUCUCGCGGAACCAGGGGCGGUGGCGCAAUGGAGGGACUGGAAGAAAAUGGAAGUGUCCAAGUGGGAGAAUUGUUACCUUGCAAGAUUUGUGGAAGAACGUUCUUUCCAGUGGCAUUAAAAAAACAUGGACCCAUUUGCCAGAAAACUGCCACUAAAAAACGGAAGACUUUUGAUUCAAGCAGACAGAGAGCUGAAGGAACUGAUAUUCCAACAGUAAAGCCUCUUAAACCUAGGCCUGAACCACCAAAGAAACCAUCUAAUUGGAGAAGAAAACAUGAAGAAUUCAUUGCCACCAUAAGAGCAGCUAAAGGCCUUGAUCAGGCACUUAAAGAGGGUGGAAAACUUCCUCCUCCUCCUCCACCUUCUUAUGAUCCUGGAAGACACAGGCUAUUCUUAAGAAAGAGACAGAUUAUCAGUAAACAGGUGGUUGAAAAUAAGAUGGACAAGUUAGGCCCUCCACUUCGAACUGGAAGACAUGUGCAAAGGUUGUAUGACAGUGAUACAAAAUCAGACAGUGCCAUCAAAAGACAUGAGUUAUUACCCAUUUACAAAACUAACAUCAAACCUCGAAAUUCCACACCACCUAGUUUGGCACGAAAUCCUUCCUCAGGUGUUCUUACAAACAAAAGAAAAACAUAUACUGAGAGCUACAUAGCCAGGCCAGAUGGAGACUAUAUAUCUUCACUUAAUGGCGGAAAUGUUAAAGGCAUGGAAGGAAAUUCAACAGGACACUUACCAAAAUUCUGCCAUGAGUGUGGGACUAAAUACCCUGUAGAAUGGGCAAAGUUUUGUUGUGAAUGUGGCAUUCGAAGAAUGGUUCUGUGAAUAGACCCCAAAAGAAAAAGCUAAGUCCAGAAUCUUAUGACUGUUGCACCUUGGACAGCUAGACAUUUCCUUUAGUGAUUUUAUGCUAAAAUUAUUCGAAAUACUUUUUUCAGCAAUUUUUGGAGCAUAAUUCUUUGGCUGUGUAAUGUGUGUGUAUAUAUAAAUGUGUACAUAUACUGUAUAUAAUAAAUACCUGAUACCCCAAACUGUGCCAUUUAUGGAAAUACUCAUCUGUCAGAAAAUAAUUUCAAGUGGAAUCAUUAACUGUUACUGUUGUUAUUGCACAUUAAGCAUACCUUCACAAAAUCAAAUGCUAGUGCUCAGUCCUUCAAGCUUUAGGAUGAUCAUUACUUUGAGCAAAAAAUCAGAACAAACAUUUUUAUUAUCGGUGCCUAUUUUCACAUAGUAUAGGAUGGGAUGCUUGGAAUUUUGGAAAUGAAGAGAGUAUUUUCAGUUACAGUUAGUUAUGUAAGGUCAUUUUCCUGUAGAGCUCUUUAACAAUUAAUUUUAUAAAUAUUAAAAAAAGAAAGGAAUUAAACCCCUACAGAUCUAUGAUGUCCUUUACUCGGUAUAUCAUUAAUUAUAUAAUUUAGAGAUCUUUAUUCAUUCCUUAAAAUGUAAUUAUGCAAUUUCCUUUUCAGAGACACA